UCUCGGGAUCUGGAACCUGCCAAAAUGACCAGUGGAGUGCUGUUUCUCUGGAUGGUUAUUGAGCUCUGUCUGACCCAAGCCAUAUCAACGACUGUGAUGGGGUUUUUGGGUCACUCUGUACAGUUGCCUUGUUCCUACAGUGUUUCAAAUAGACAAACUUAUGUGAUGUGCUGGGGAAAGGACGCGUGUCCCAGUAGCAAAUGUGGCAGUGGGAUCAUCAGGACUAAUGGAAGACAAGUGACAUGGUCAAAGUCUUCAAAAUAUCAACUUCGAGGAAAUAUUGGGAGAGGUGAUGUGACUCUGACAAUCCAAAAUGCAAAUGUAGGCGAUAUUGGCACAUACUGCUGCCGGAUAGAAGUACCUGGGUGGUUUAAUGAUAUCAAAAAGGAAGUAUUUCUGCGGCUGGAGAGAGCUCCAACUACAACGACUCGUCGGACUACAACUACUCGUCAGACUACAACAACUCAUCCAACUACAACUCAUCCACUUACAACUACUCAGUUGGCUACAACUCUUCUUCCUGCUACAACUCAUCUGUCUACAACUUCUCUUCCUGCUACAACUCAUCUGUCUACAACUUCUCUUCCUGCUAUAACUACUCAUCUGGCUACAACAACUUGUCCAGCUACAACAGCCACAACAGCUCUCCAAAUAACCACUUCGGCCAUUCCGAACCUAACAACUGUAAUGACGCACCAGUUGACUACUGUCACUCUCAAAUCGACAACAGUAGCUCUUCCUCAGAAAUCAACUUCUAAUCAAGCAAUAACCUCAGCUCUGACCACUCUCCCAUUGACAGAAGUUGCCCCUGUGACUACAGAAACAACAAGUUUUCCGAAAAAUGAUUCUGAAUUCGAAAAGGUAAGAGCUUCUGGAGAUCCUGAACUACUGAUAAUCAUUGUCCCAUUGGUGGGGUUUGUGAUCCUCCUGGCACUACUGGCUUUUAUUUUGAGAGGUAAAAUCAUAAGAAAGAAUUAUUCGGUUACAUACAAAAGGUCAAACAAUUGUGGAGAAGUUAGCAGCACUCUUAGCACCCUGCCUAGUAGGAUAGAAGAUGACGAAGAAGGCCUUUUCAACCUCUAAGAACUUUCAUUUGGAGAAGCGUGUGUGUGUGUGUGUGUGUGUGUGUGUGUGUGUGUGUUAUUGGAAAUCUGACAAUAAAUUGAUUUAUGUAUGCUUUUUAAAAAAAUAUACCAGAACUCAACGAAUAUCAGCCAUUUCAAAGUA